CGCCUUCUCUUUAAUAUUCUCUCUCUCUCUCUCUCUCUCUCUCUCUGAGUGAACCAGCAAAUCUUUCUCAAACCUUCACCUCUGACACCUCAUAUCUCUCCUCCUACUUUCUUCUUAUUCUCAGAUCACUCUCUUAGUAUCCCUCAACACCUCACCUCUGAACCUCCCUCCUCUCUGAUUACCAGGGGGUUAUUGUAAGUCACCGGUUUUGUUUAUUCUCCACCGAAAUUCGACCACGGUUGGAAUCGGAUUAAGAAAAGUGUAACCCGAUAGAGUCGGUUCGAGUUAUGGGUCAAUGCCAAACCCGAACUGAGUUGUCCCCGUGCACACUCCUAAUUGAAAGCAUAUGAGCUAGAUCAAAGCUGCUGUGUGUGUCUGUGAGUGAUGGAGAUUCAACACUUCAGCCACAAUCAUCCCUUGAACCUUGUUGAUCAGGUGGCGAUUUUUGCUACCUGCCAAUGCUGCGAGCAAAUUGUCAUGACCCGAAACACUCCAAGCUAUAAAUGCCUUAAAUUUGGCUGUUGGUUCCACAUCCACAAACUGUGUACCCAACUUCCCCAGCAGCUAAGUCACCCAUUUCACCCCCAACACCCUCUCACCCUCCUCCCUCACCCACCUUCCAACGGCGGCGAAUUCAGGUGCCAAGCUUGUGGCAAGGCUCGCCGAGGCUUCACCUUCCACUGCUCCACCUGCCAAUUCAAUCUCGACAUCAAUUGCGCAUCUCUCAAACCCCAAAUUAACCAACAGAUUAGCAUCCGACAUUUCAGCCACACAAAUCUCCCUAUCUUGGAUCUCUGCAAUAAGGACAAGAACUUCGAUGUUUUUUGCUCCGCGUGUGAGUCACAAUUUCAGGAUCAUGAUUCGAUCUACGUUUGCCUUGAAUGUAAACUGUUGUUACAUAAGCCAUGCGCUGAAUUACCACAAAAGAUCGAUCACAACCCGUUUCACCCACAACACUCGCUUGUCCUAUACACUAAAAUGCCUCCAUGGGAGAGUUUCAAGAGAUGCAAGGCGUGUUGGAAGGAUUAUAGUUUUGGCUUCAAUUACCGCUGUGUGGAAUGCAAGUUCAUUUUGGGGAUUGAAUGUGCUUUUCUGAUGCCUAGAAAGUUUGAAUUCCAUGAGCACCCUCUUGCCCUCUUUAAUAGAACAAUGUUUCGUUGCAGCCGAUGUUCUUGUGGGAACUGUAGCGCGAUGUUGAGGUGUGUGCUCUGUGGUUUCAAUAUCCAUAUCCACUGUGUUCCAAUUUUACCGGAUACUAUCAAGGGUCGGUGUCACAGGCAUCCGCUCACUCUAACCUACUCUCCAAUUAGAGAUCAUCCCGAUGAGGAUGAGACUGCAGAGUUAUACUGUGACGAUUGUGAGGAACUGAGAUAUCUCAUUGAUCCCACUUAUCAUUGCAAAGAAUGCCACUAUGUUGCUCAUGUUGAAUGCAUGAUCUCUAAGUGCCUGUCAUUGAUGAAACUCAUCUUCAUUGAUGAAGAUGAGUCAAAGGCUUGGUGAAGCUUUACGAAGUGAGUUGAUCAACAUUUAUUACCAUUCUGCAAAACAACCAAACCCAUGCAUAUGUUCAAUCACCUCCAUUAUUGAUAAAUAAAUCUUACAACCGACCACCACCUGCACCUACUGUCAAGAAUUUCUUCAACUGAAAUUGAGCCUAUAAGAAAGCCUAUGCCAAAGCCAUUUUGAAGGCAAACACAGAGGAAAAAUUGUUUAAAAAUUCAAUGAGUUGUAAAUUACAUGGCUUUCACAUUUGAAGGUCGGCAAGGACAAGCCAACAGAGCCAUAACAAAUUAGCCAAACAGAUCACUCAUAGAACCCCACUGCCACCGGUCAACCUCCAGGUCAACCGGUGGGUUAUCCGGCCGGUUAACCGAUUUCAAUUCAGUCCAAGCCUCAGUUGAAGCUUCUUCCAUUUUGUUUCCCUAUUGCUUACAUUUUCACUCCAUUUCCUUACCUCUUACAUCAUAAAUUUCCCACCUCCAAAACCGGCCAUUCACACUGUAAUCUUGCCUAGAACAAAAAGAGCGAGACCCGAACAUGGUGAAACGUCUAAUCCGAGGCCACCACACCAACAACAGUUACAACAGAGGGAGAUUGAACCAUAUUUGGCCUGAGACAAAUUAAUUUGGGGAUGAAUUUAGGGAUGAAGGUGCAAAUCAGUGAGAUAUAUAUAACCCAUAUAUAAUUUCCAGAUGAAUUUGUGAUUUACUUACCUCUUUGUUGUCGUUGUUUCGUUG